AGAUACAUGUGUAUAUAUAUUAGAGAGUGAAGAGUCCUUUUAAGUCCUCUCCUCACACACACACACACAGACAGACACACAGACAGACAGACACACACACAGACAGACACACAGACAGACACACACACACAGACAGACACACAGACAGACAGACACACACACAGACAGACAGACAGACACACACACAGACAGACACACACACAGACAGACACACAGACAGACAGACACAGACAGACAGACACACACACCGGGACACAGUGUUGCACAGGGAAGUGAUACAAAGUGUAAAGAGCAAACAGUCGGAUCCAGUGACCUGAGGAGAGUGGAGUCGUACCUUUACCGCAGUUCCUGCUCUGACAGCACUGACUGACUGACUGACCACCGCACACUCCGGGGGGGAAAUCGGCCUUUAAUCUCCUGUUGUUGUUGUUGUUGUUGUUGUUGCACAAAAUAAAAGGACAUCGCCCUCCAUUCCCACCUCCUGCUCAGUGACCGGGGGCUCGGCGCGAGGCUCGGGGGGAUGUUUGACCGCCGGAGGCUGCCUUUCGUCUGUCUGGAUGUCCUGUGCCUGGUCCUGGCUGGUUUGCCAUUGGCUGUUCUAAACGUGUUCAAAAUAAAGCCGUAUCAGAGAGGUUUUUACUGUGAUGAUGAAACCAUCAAGUACCCGUACAAGAAUAGUACCGUCACCUCCACUGUGCUGUACACAGUGGGGUUUAUGCUGCCCAUAACGGCUAUAGUACUAGGGGAGCUGGCCUCGGUUCACUGGAAUCACUUGCAGUCAAACUCCUGUAUAAGAAACCCCUACAUAGCCUCUGUGUAUAAGGGGGUUGGGGCAUUUGUGUUUGGGGCAGGUGCCAGCCAGUCGCUCACUGACAUCGCCAAGUAUUCAAUUGGCCGCCUCCGGCCUCAUUUUCUGGAUGUUUGCAAGCCUGAUUGGUCCAAAAUCAACUGCUCUAUGGGAUACAUUGAAAAGUUCACAUGUUUGGGAAACGCAAGGAUGGUGACUGAAGCCAGGCUCUCCUUCUUUUCCGGCCAUUCAUCCUUCUCCAUGUACUGCAUGAUGUUCCUCGCACUUUAUCUCCAGGCACGAAUGACGGCCAACUGGUGCAGACUGCUGCGCCCAACACUUCAGUUUGGUUUGAUUGCAACAUCUAUCUAUGUCGGCCUUUCCCGCGUGUCUGAUUACAAACACCACUGGAGCGAUGUGCUGACCGGACUUAUCGAGGGCGCGAUUGCAUCCACGUUAGUUGUGGUGUACGUCUCGGGCUUCUUCAAAAAGAGAAAUACCAAAAUUUCACCAAAAGACGAGGAAAAUUCACAAACAAAUUUACGCGAGACACAAAGAAACCAUUUUGGCAGCAACCAUCAGCCAUAAAAGAUUGCCAAUGGCAUCAGUGAAUGUAAACUUCUCUGAUGACAACUACUCACUCAUCACAAAUUCAGUAAGAUAUCUAUUCACUCGAGCAGAUAAUUGCCUAUAAUGGAUUAGCACCUGCUGCUAUUACCUUCGGAACCGCCACUUCACUUUGUAUAUAUUAAAUACAUAUUAUUGCCUAUAUAACAGCAAGUAAAUUUUGUUUAUAAUUACAAAUAUUUUUUUAUUUGUACUGUACCUUAUAAAAAACGCUUUUAUCACUAAAGGAUAUAAAGCAUUCAAACAAUAUUCUAAAAUGUAAAAUGUUUAUUAAAUGAUCUGGCAAGGCUUAUGUACAGAGUUUCAACUGUUGGAAGCUUGCUUUGAUGAUGCUUGAGUUUGGUAAUACAUGAAUCCAUUGGAAAAUAAAACAGUCACAAAAGUCUACC